AUGCAGAAAAUGGGCAAACUGAACUCGUCGAUUGAUAUUAUUCCGUUGCAAGGAUCAAGCGGAGAUUACAGAUCGAGGCUCUUGGACAAUAAGCAUGGAACGAAUAUAAGGAUAUUCCGGGAUCAAUCGCUUAUAAGUCGCGUGCAGACGUACAUGCACGAAAACGAAAAUAAGGUUUACAUCGAUGUAAAUGAAAUGGCAGAUGCGUUGCAAAGGCGAUACAAAGAUUAUCGUGGUAAGAAGCGCGGUGCAUUCCGUGCGAUGGUACGCAAAGCUUACGAUGACCUUACCGAGAUGUUUUCGAAGAAGCCUGUCACACGCGAAUGUCCCACCUACGAUGACGAAGAUGAUGACGACGAUGAUUUCGAGGAUGUGGACGUCGAGUCAGAUACACAACGUGCUUCGGUAGAUGAUAUGUUGUUACAAAUGUAUAAGAAAGCUCAAUUUAAACAGAAUGGAAACUCGAGCGAUAAAGAAUUGAUAGAUAUUAGUAGCGACGACGAUGUUGCCAAAGUCGAUUCUAAAGAUUCCAAGAACGAAAAAAGUAUAAAGACACCUGAGCCUGGGGGUACCAUAGCUGAAGAAUCUUCACAGCAAACCUCUUCAAAACUAGAAACGACGACUGUUAAGCCAGAAACGACUACUGUCAAGGAAGCAGUAGCACCAAAGCCAGAUGUGACUACCUCAAAACCAGAAACACCUGUCAAAUCAAAAUUGCCUGCGAAUGAAGCCACAAAAUCUUUAUUAUUAGAAACUACAAGGAAAAGACAAAGAGACAAGGAUAAUAACAAUGGACAAUUUUCACUUGUAAAAAAAGCAAGAAUCGUACCUAUCAUGGAAUCAAAAAUUACAUUCUCUGAUGUAGGAGGUAAUGACAAAGUUUUAAAAAUUGUCUGCAAAUUAUUAGCACAUAUGAAACAUCCUGAAAUCUUCAAACGGCUUGGUAUAUCUCCACCGAGAGGAUUUUUACUUCAUGGACCACCUGGCUGUGGAAAAACCUUACUGGCACAUGCAAUUGCAGGAGAAUUAAAAAUGUCUCUACUAAAAGUAGCAGGACCUGAACUUGUGACAGGAGUAUCUGGAGACAGUGAAGCGCGUAUCAGAGAAUUAUUUGAACAAGCCUUAUCUCUUGCACCAUGUGUUGUUUUUUUGGAUGAGAUAGAUGCUGUCACUCCAAAUAGAGCUACAGCUCAAAGAGAAAUGGAAAGAAGAAUUGUUGCGCAAUUAUUAUCAAGUUUAGAUGAAUUGAAUCUCAAUGAAAAUGGAGACAGAGUACUGGUAAUUGGUGCAACAAAUCGACCAGAUUCAUUAGAUCCUGCUUUAAGAAGAGCAGGACGUUUCGAUCGUGAAGUGUGCCUUGGAAUACCAGACAGAGAAGCGAGGGCUAGGAUCUUGGCGGUGCAUACUGAAAAAGUUGUAUUGGCUCCUAAUGUUAGUUUGUCGACAAUAGCCUCCCUUACUCCAGGUUUUGUAGGUGCAGAUUUAGUUGCCUUAAUUAGAGAAGCUGCCAUGGUUGCUGUAGAUAGAAUAUUUGAGGGUUUAAAUAAAUCAAAACAAGAAGAAAAGUCAUCUGAAGCAACCAAAGUUGAAAAGCAAGUAGAUAAGGAAGUUGAAAUUGCUGAAAAUUCAGAUAAUUUAAUCGAUAGUAGUGUGACAGAAGCCUCUACUACGAUUGGGAAUGAGCUUACAUUUCCAAAAGAAUUACCUAAAAGUCCAAUUUCAGGAAUUGCAGAAAUGGAUGUAAUACAAGAACAUUCAGCAGACUUGUCAACUUUAUUGGCUUGGUUGCGUACUGAACCACCACUUUCCCCAGAACGGCUGUCAACUUUGUGUAUCGAACACAGUGAUUUUGAGGCUGCUCUACGCAUUGUUCAACCUUCAGCGAAAAGAGAGGGAUUUGCCACAGUUCCAGAUACAACCUGGGAUGAUGUCGGCUCACUGCGAGAUAUACGACAAGAAUUGCAAAUGGCAAUUCUCGCUCCUGUUAAACACUCUGAACACUUUAAUACGUUAGGUUUAACAGCUGCCAGUGGAGUGUUAUUGUGUGGUCCACCUGGAUGUGGAAAAACACUGUUGGCCAAAGCUGUCGCUAAUGAAGCUGGUAUUAAUUUUAUUUCGGUUAAAGGGCCAGAGCUUUUAAAUAUGUAUGUUGGCGAAAGUGAGAAAGCAGUUCGUCAGUGUUUCUUAAGAGCAAGAAAUUCAAUACCUUGCGUCAUAUUUUUCGAUGAGAUAGAUGCAUUAUGUCCUAAAAGAACAGAAGGCGAUAAUUCAGCGACAGCACGCGUAGUUAAUCAAAUGCUAACAGAAAUGGAUGGUGUGGAAAGUCGGCAAGGAGUAUUCCUUAUGGCGGCUAGUAAUCGACCUGAUAUUAUAGAUCCAGCUGUUUUAAGGCCAGGAAGACUGGACAAAAUUUUAUAUGUUGGACUUCCAAAUGCUUCAGAUAGGGUUGACAUUUUGCGUGCAGUAACAAAGAAUGCAACGAAACCAAAACUUGCUUCAGACGUAGAUUUGAAUAAAGUAGCAUAUGACAAUAGGUGUGAAGGUUACACUGGUGCGGAUUUAGCAGCUUUGAUAAGAGAAGCUGGUAUGGAAGCAUUGAAGGAAAUCAUUGCCGGUUAUGGGCAAACAGAAAUUUCAAUGCGACACAUUUUUCAGGCAUUUGAUAAAGUGCAACCGUCCAUUCGUGAAAAGGAUAUGAAACAAUAUGAAAAAUUAAGCAAGUUGUAUUCGGGUAAAAAAAAUCCUGAAGUUACGCCAAUGGAUACGCCAGUAGAUGCAUCAAUUGUGGAUGUUGUCAUGGAGCCAAUGGAAACUUAAAGUACAAUUUAUUAUUACAAAUCUAUAAGAAUCGUACUAAAUAAUCUCUCUUCCAAAUACCAAAAAUCAUAUAAACUUUUACACAGAAAAGACAAAAGGUGCUUCUUUCAUGAGGUUUCAAUUUUUGUCCAUUCAUUUAAAUUUUAUAAAAGAACACAGUUUUAAUAUUGGCUACAUUAAUAAUUAAUGGCGACGAAUAAAAUAAAAUAAAAGUA